CUGACACCCUCCACCAUCCGUAUCAGGUGCCACGAGCUCUCUUCUAUUAGUCGGGCUCCUUAGACCAGGUCACCGUUUCGGUCUAGCAAUGUCCUAAAUCUCUCUUGGCCUCUCCAUUCUCUAGCGACCGAAGCAUUUCUUUCGUCGCACGGUGCAGCAGGCUUCACAGCCUGAUUAGCAGCAGCCAUGGUGGACGCAUCAGCUCCAGCUUCGGAAGUUCCAGCGGCUUCCGAGCCUGUCCACAAAGAGUCAGGCUCGGAAGCCGAAGCGAAUGCCGAAGCUCUUCCGGUGAUCGACAUGGUGCCGAUCCUGGAGCUUGCCGAGGCUAGAGUGUGCUCCUGUUCGGUGAAGGACCGUGUCGGUGUGUUCGACGCCUCUAUCUCGUCAGCGCUGGACAGCAAAGCCGUGGAUGUGGCCUCUGCCGCCCCUCGCCUCGCCUCCCUCAUCUUCCAGACUCUCCCCAUCUACGUCGACCCCGUGGAUGUGGCCUCUGCCGCCCCUCGCCUCGCCUCCCUCAUCUUCCAGACUCUCCCCAUCUACGUCGACCGUCGCUCUCAAGCCUCAGUCGAGCGAGUCAUAGUGAAAGCCCUCAAGCGCGAAACUGCCUUUGUCAAGGCGUUCGCCGGAGCUCUUGUCCAAGCCUGCGCCAAGCCAGGCUCGGUGUCAGCCUCGGUGGCCGGCUUGGUGCGGUACAAGCUGCUCAAGUGGUCGUGCCUGCUGCUGCGGGAGAGGGGGGAUGCGAUCGUGGGGGUGCGGGCGGCGUUCUCUCGUCUCGUAGUGGCGCAGGGGACGCUGCUGACGGUGGCAUUGGGAGAUGAGCCGAGGAUGAAGCGGGCUUCACUGCAUGCAGUCAAUGAGAUGCUUGGGACAGUGCCCUCCCUUGCACCGCCAUACCUGGCAGAAGUGAAGUCCACGCCUGUCACCCUUACCACAGUCGGCAUCGCCCACCCUCUUCUCACCUACUUUCUCGAGACCAAGGCAGGCGAAGCAGGAGGUGCCACAGGGGCAGAGGGUGUAGCCAAUGGAACGGCAGGAGAUGGAGCAGCAGCAGCACUUGAUAUCGCUUCAGAGGCCAAGACAUUCUUCCUGGAAACGUACUCCAAGCUGGUGCUGACCAGCAGGGAGCGUCCCCCCCACGUGGCGUCAGAGGCGUUCGCCCCUCUGCUGCAGGCAGUGCGGCAUGACGAUUUCAAGGGGGCGUUGUUCCCCACAGCUGCCAAGAUGCUCAAGCGGAAUCCCGAGCUCAUCAUGGAUGCUGUUGGCUACCUGCUCUCAACCGUGACGCUAGACCUCAGUGCCUAUGCUCCGGAGCUGCUGCCCACUCUGGCCCUGCAGGCGCGGCACCAGAAUGCAGCCACACGCGAAGAAGCUAUCGCAGUGGUGGCAGCAGCAGCCAAGCAGUGCAGCGACUCUGACAGCAUCCGGACCAUGUUUGCUUACCUCAAGGGGGUGCUGGCAGGCAAGGAGGGCAAGCUGACGUCAGCCUACCAGAAGGUGGGCGUCUACCAGGCACUGCGGGCCCUCUCCUCGUUCUCCGCGCCGGGGCCCAAUGCCAUGGCGCCAGCUGUCGCUGCUGACGUGGCAGAGUUCCUGAUGGGGGCCUAUGCUGGCGACACCAAUGAGGAGGUUCUUGCCUCCAUCCUCUCAGCACUAGGCGAGUGGCUCGCCCGGACAGCAAGGCAGGCGCCGGCGGCCACGUCAGCAUUCGUCACUGCCAGGCUGGCGAAGGAGAAGGAGACGCUCAGGCGGUGCACGCUGAGGUGCCUGCGGCUGGCGUUCCGGAACCCGCACGUGCGAGAGAAGCUCGUCCCAUGUGUGGACGCCCUUGUGACGCUGGUGAAGAGUGGAGUGUCAAAGCCCACCAUGCGGCUCGAUGGGGUGUAUGCGCUGCUGCUGGCUGCAUCCGUUGCUGCUCUCGACCUGGGAUCAGAGGAGAAGCUAGGCAAGGAGAAGGUGUGGCAGCUGGUGCUGCAGGGCGACCCACCCUUCCUCUCCACCUCCAUUGUGCCCAAGGUGACUGCAGAGGAGGAUCUCCUAGCGCUGCUGGAGCUGGUGGAAGUGGUGCUGCUGCACCAUUCGGCCAGUGUCAGCAGUGGCCAUGCAGCAGCGGUCAGCACCAACGAGCUCUGCCGGUUGGCCGUGCACCUGCUGUGGCAUCCGUUAUCUUCAGUGCGCAAGGCAGCACACACCAUGGUGGCUCGUUUCCAUGCCAUCUCGCCGCUCCUCUCUGACUCCCUGCUGGACGCGCUCUCCCUCUCCCUGCCGCCUCUCGAGGACCUUGCUGCUGCUGCUGCCAUCAGUACUGGAGACGCCCCUGAGGCAGCAGCGUCGCCAGAGGCUGCUGUGGACCGCCUGCCUCCCCCGCAGCUGCUGGGGCAGGCGCUGCUGGUGGUGGCAGGCACGGGGGCCGUGGCAGAGAGGGUGGGCGUGGCGGCACGGGUGAUGCUGCUGGCGCACCACAAGCUUGUUGCAGGGGGGAGGAGGAGAGACGUGGUGUGGCAGGAGCUCAUAAGGGCGUGGCAGCGCCGGGCGUAUGAGGUAGCUGCCACACUCGCCGCGGAGCCGGUCGUUGUGGCUAAGAUUCUGACUGGACCAGUGGGGCUCGCGUCCAGCCGUCCAGAUCAGGCAGAUGCUGCAAUCGCGGCCAUCCAAUCCGCCAUGCGUCUCAUUCCCUCAGAGUUUUUCCAGCCUCUAGUAACGGAGCUGGAAGCCGUGGGACAGAGGAAGGAGCACGAUGCUCUGACUGAGUCUGAGAUUAAGAUAUUCAACACGCCUGAGGGCAUGCUGUCAGCAGAGGACGGGGUGUAUGUGGCAGCGGUGGUGAGGGAUAAGAACGUGAGGCAGUCCAGAGGCAAGCUCAAGCUGUAUGGGGCUGAGUUGGAUGAUGACGACGAUGAGGAGCCGCCAAGCAAGCCCGCCCCUGCCGCUGCUGCGCCUGCGAAGAAAGCCAUUGGUGCAACACCAGCAGCACGCACUGCAGCAGGGGCCAAGGCCGGGGCAGGGAGGGGAGCAGGCAAGAAAGACGCGGCCAAGCCAGGCGCAAAGAAGCCAGCAGCAGCGGAGGGGGGCAAGACGGCAAAGGAGGAGGCGAGGGAGGCGCUGCUGCUGGAGGAGGAGGGGGUGAGGGAGAGAGUGAGGGGGAUUCAGAGGCACACCGGGGUGCUGGUUAGGGCGCUGGGCGCUGCUGCUGCUGCCAACCCGGCGUUCUCUCACGACCAGCUACCUCAGCUUGUGGCCUCCAUCCUCCCAUUUCUCCGUUCGCCCCUCAUCCCCUCGCAAGCCUUUGACGCCCUGGCGCUGGUCAUGCGCUGCCUGUCGCCCGCGCUGCAGCCCUUCUCCUGGGAGGUCGCCUCCGCCCUCUGCUCCGUCUCCCUCGCAGGGGAGAGACUGGCAGAGCAGCUCAAGGAGGAGAGUGUGGAGGGGGGAGAGGAGGAGGGAGGGGAGGGGAAGAGGAGGAGGAGGAAGGAGGAGAGUGUGGUGGAUAGGGUGGUGCGGGCAGUGUGGAGUGCGUGCAAGGAGGGCGGGUCCCUGCCUGCUGCGACCUUUGGUGCAGUUUUUCCCAUCUUUGAGAGGGUCCUCCGAGCCAAUAAGAAGACCCGCCUGCACGACUCCAUCCUCUCCAUCCUCGAGCUGCACACGUCACCCUUCAUCUCUCUGCCUCGACUCGCCAUGAUCUCCGUGCUCUACCACGUGCUGGGGCGCGUGCGCAUCUACCAUGCGAGGGUCCAGCCUAUAUUGCGCGAGCUGUGCCGAGGACUCAAGGCAGACGAAAUUGGAGGGGCACUGGAGGGUCUAUUCGCGGAGCAGGCACAUGUGAGGGAGGCGUGUUUGGAAGCAGUCAAGUACAUCCCAACCCUAGCAGCUGGCAAGGCCCCCCAGGACCCCUACGUAGCCUGCGCUCUUUGGAUGGCCCAGUACGAUCCCGAGCCUACCAACGCCGAGGCUGCCGAGAUGGUCUGGGACAUGUACGGGCACCAGCUAGGCUCGGAGUACGCGCCGAACCUUAUCAUCAGCCUCGGGAACCAGAGCCAGGAGGUUCGGCUGGCGGCUGCCGAGGCUAUGGCGGCAGCUAUGGAUGAGUACCGAGGCACGAUCCAGAGCAGUUUGUCGAGCCUGUUCUCGCUGUACGUGCGCGAUGCGCCACCUCAGACUGCCAUGUGGCGGCCUCAGGAUGAUGCCACGUGGCACAGCAGGGAGGGUGUGGCGCUGGCGAUGCGGGCUGCUGCUGACGUGUUGACCACUAAGGAGCUGCCACUUGUCGCCACGUUCCUCAUCUCCAAGGCUCUGGGCGACCCUAACGAGGAGGUUCGGCGGCGCAUGGUGGAGGCAGGUUCGGCGAUAAUCAACCGGCAUGGCAAGGAGAACGUGGGGCUGCUGCUGCCUAUCUUCGAGAACUACCUCGACAGGAAGGCGGACAAUGAGCACAGCUACGACCUUGUGCGUGAAGGCGUGGUGGUCUUCCUCGGUGCUCUUGCCAAGCAUCUCGCCCCGGACGACCCCAAGGUGUCGCUCAUCCUCUCCCGCCUGCUGGAGGUGCUCAACACGCCCUCAGAGGCCGUGCAGAGGGCCGUGUCCGACUGCCUGCCGCCCCUCAUGCCCGCCAUCUCGCUCAAGGAGGGAGGCGCCCAAGCGCUCAUCUCCCAGCAGCUCAAGGCGCUGCUGACAAGCGACCGCUUUGCAGAGAGGAGGGGCGCGGCGUUUGGGCUGGCGGGGGUGGUGAAGGGGCUGGGGCUCAGGAGCAUCCGCGACCACGGCGUGCUGCAGGCACUGGUCAAGGGCGUGGAGGACAAGUCAUCCCCCAAGGCGAGAGAAGGAGCACUCUUUGGCUUUGAGUGUCUCUCUGAGAAGCUUGGCCGCCUCUUUGAACCCUAUGUCAUUCACAUCCUGCCAUACCUGCUGGUGUGCUACUCAGACCAGGCCACGCCCGUGCGGGAGGCCACUGUGCAUGCAUCUCGGUGCAUCAUGGGGCAGCUCAGCGCGCCGGGCGUCAAGCUCAUUCUGCCCGCUCUGCUCAAGGGCUUGGAGGAGAAGGCGUGGCGCAGCAAGCAGGGCAGCGUGCAGCUGCUGGGAGCCAUGGCCUUCUGUGCGCCCCGCCAGCUCUCUCAUUGUCUGCCGCUUGUGGUGCCCAAGCUCAGUGAGGUCCUCACAGACACGCACCCCAAGGUGCAGGCAGCGGCGCACACGUCCCUCCAGCAGGUCGGCAGUGUGAUUCGUAACCCUGAGAUCGCCGCCCUCGUGCCGGCGCUGCUGGACGGCAUUGCCAACCCCAACAAGCACGCCAAGGCCUGCCUCGACCUGCUGCUGCAGACCACCUUUGUGAACUCCAUCGACGCCGCAUCCCUUGCUCUCAUCAUCCCCAUCAUCCACCGCGCCCUGCGCGAGCGGUCGUCCGACAUAAAAAAGCGGGCGGCGCAGAUCGUGGGAAACACAGUGUCGCUCGUCACCGACCACUCCUCGCUGCUGCCCUACCUGCACCUGCUGCUGCCGGGGCUGAAGAAGGUGCUGCUGGACCCGCACCCCGACGUGCGCACGGUGGCAGCCAAGGCGUUUGGGUCGCUGGUGCGCGGCAUUGGGGAGCACGAGUUCUCGGACCUCGUGCCGUGGAUGCUGCAGACCAUCGGGUCCGAUGCAUCGAGUGUGGAGAGGUCGGGAGCAGCACAGGGUUUGAGCGAGGUGCUGGGGUCGCUGGGGCGGCACCGCUUCGAGCUGCUGCUGCCAGACCUGCUGGCGGGCUGCUCGCACAAGGUGGCAACCGUCAGAGACGGGCACCUGACACUGUUCAAGUAUCUACCACUGUCCUUCGGCGCACCCUUCCAGAACUACCUUCCCCAAGUGCUGCCUGCCAUUCUCGAUGGUCUGGCGGAUGAGAAUGAGAGUGUGCGCGAUGCAGCACUAGCAGCAGGCCAUGUCUUGGUGCAGGAAUACGCCAUCAGCUCGCUGCCCCUGCUGCUGCCGGCAGUGGAGGAGGGUCUGUUCAGCGACAGCUGGCGGAUCAGGCAGAGCUCCAUGGAGCUGCUGGGCGACCUGCUCUUCAAGGUGGCAGGCACGUCAGGCAAGGUGGUGCUGGAGGGUGGCAGUGACGACGAGGGCGCCAGCACAGAGGCGCAGGGCCGGGCGAUUCUGGACGUGCUGGGGCUGGAGAGGCGCAACGAGGUGCUGGCUGCCGUGUACAUCGUGCGAUCGGACGUGUCGCUGACUGUCAGACAGUCCGCGGUGCACGUGUGGAAGACCAUCGUGGCCAACACGCCGCGCACGCUCAAGGAGAUCAUGCCCACCCUCAUGCGCCUCCUCAUCGAGUCCCUUGGCUCGGCCUCCUCCGAGCGCCGCCAGAUGGCCAGUCGCGCCAUAGGCGAGCUGGUGCGCAAGCUGGGAGAGCGAGUGCUGCCCUCCGUGGUGCCCAUUCUCUCUGCGGGACUCAAGGACCCCAACCCGGCCACCAGACAGGGAGUGUGCUGCGGCCUGGGCGAGGUGAUGAACGCAGCGGGCCGGCAGAACCUCACUUCCCAUUUGGACGACCUCAUAGGCACCAUUCGUACUGCGCUGUGUGACGAGGAUGCUGAGGUCCGAGAGGCAGCAGCGCAGGCAUUCAGCACCCUCUACAAGAGUGCGGGGAUGCAGGCCAUCGAUGAGAUCGUGCCGGCCUUGCUGCACUCCUUGGAGGAUCCUCACACUUCUGCCACCGCUCUCGAUGGGCUCAAGCAGAUCCUCAGUGUGCGCACCACGGUCGUUCUGCCCCACAUCCUACCCAAGCUCGUCAAACCGCCUCUCACAGAGUUCAAGGCACAUGCGCUGGGAGCGCUGGCAGAGGUGGCUGGGGCGGGCAUGUGCGUGCAUCUGGCCACCGUGCUGCCACCACUGCUCAAUGAGAUGGGGCAGAUGGAGGAGUCCGCCCUGCGCACCAUGGCGGGGGCAUCAGCAGAGGCGGUGGUGAGGGGGGUGGAUGAGGAGGGCUUGGACUCCCUCAUAGGGGAGCUCACGCACGCACUCUCGGAUAACUCGCCCGUCAUGAGGCGUGGAGCAGCGAAGCUUCUCGGAACGUUCUGCAAGAUCACCCGUGUGGAUCUGGAGGAGGAGCUGCCGUCGCUGAUGACGGUCCUCAUUGUGAUGCUGGCGGACACGGACGAGGCAUGUGUGAAGGUGGCAUGGGAGGCUCUAGGCAGCGUGACAAGCACCAUCCCCAAGGAGUCGCUGCCCGUGCAUCUCAAAGUGGUUCGGGACGCCGUUGCCACUGCGAGGGACAGAGAGAGGAGGAAGAGGAAGGGUCUCCCUAUGCUCGUUGCUGGCUUCUGCCUACCCAAGGGCUUGCAGCCCGUGCUUCAAAUAUACCUACAGUCGCUCAUGCUGGGUUCAGCUGAGAUGCGCGAGGCAGCAGCAGAUGGGCUGGCGGAAUUGAUCGAUGUGGCAAGUGAGGCGGCGCUGCGGCCGUUCGUGGUGCCGAUCACAGGUCCCCUCAUCCGCAUUGUGGGGGAUCGCUUCCCCUGGCAAGUCAAGGCGGCCAUUCUCUCCACUCUAGCCAUCCUCAUCUCCAAGGGGGGCAUUGCCCUGAAGCCCUUCCUGCCGCAGCUGCAGACCACCUUCAUCCGAUGCCUGCAAGACUCCAACCGCACUGUGCGGUCCCGUGCAGCCAAGGCGCUGGGGCGGCUGACAGCGCUCAACCCCAGAGUGGAUGCACUCAUUGCUGACCUGCUCAACUCCAUCCAGAAUGCGGACGGAGCAGUGAAGGAGUCGAUGCUGAUGGCCGUGCGGGGCGUGGUGAGGCACGGAGGCAAGGCCGCCUCUGCAGCCACCCUUGAGCGCCUGUCCUCCUCACUGCAGGCCGUGCUGUUUGCCUCGGACAGCGACGACGACUCUGUCGUUCGCUCCGUUGCCGCAAGAGCACUGGGGGCUACAGGGCAGUACCUUGCGGAGCCGGACUACCUCUCUCUCCUCGCCGCCCUCGCCGCCCCUCUCCCCUCAUCCCGCCCCUGGUCGCACCGCCUCGCGGCCGCCCUCGCCCUCUCCUCCCUCCUCCGCCACACCGCCACCCGCCCUGCGCCCCUCUCACCAGCGCAUCUGGCAGCAGUGGGGGAAAAAUCAGCGGCGGCGAUAAGGGCACAUGCCGGGGAUGAUAAGGUGCCCGUGCGGGAGACUGCGGCAAAGGCGGCGGGGAGGUGGCUUGUGCUGUUUGGGUUGGGGGAUGGGAGUGCGGCGGGUGUGGUGGCGGUGCUGGCAUCGCUGCUGGGUGAUGCGGCUAGUGAUGUGCGGAGGAGGGCGCUUUCUGCAGUCAAGUUGGUUGGCAAGACGGACCCCAUCCCAGCCAAGCUCAUUGCCUUGCUGGGCCCGCCCUUGUCGGAGUGCCUUAAGGACACGAGUCAGCCUGUGCGGCUGGCAGCAGAGCGAACCAUCCUGCACGCCUUCCAGCUCAGCAAGGGCCCUGAUCAGGUGACAGCAGCACAGAAGUAUCUCACGGGGCUCGAGUCUCGCCGCAUUGCUAAGAUGAAUGUUGUCAGCGAUGGUAGCGAUGAUAGUGAAGACGACGAGGCUCAGGUUGAUUAAAGAUGUUGAUGCCUUUUAUCAUGAGAUGCAAAGAAAUGCGAGUUACUGAUUUCAGCCAUUUGGUGGAUUAUAAAGGAAGAUGAUAUCUUGUACAUCAAUGCACCACUAGAAAACAUGAGGCAAUUGGUGCAUUUUAGUGUGAAGUGUGAAUUAUUUCGUAUAUGCCUCGUCAGCUUG